AUGGUCGAAGAGGCACAGAACAGUAUUUCAGAUGAUAUUAGAGCAACGUUGGUGGAUCAUGUGGCCAGACCCAAACAGACGGCAGGAUCUAGUGAAGAGUGUGUCAUUGUUCUCUACAGGUUGUGGGAUUGUGGUGUCACAGAUGAAGGUUGUGCUGCUCUGGCUUCAGCUCUGAGAUCAAACCCCUCACACCUGAGAAAACUGGAUCUGUCUUUGAAUAAACUAGGAGACUCAGGAGUGAAGAUGAUUUCUGCUGUACUGGAGAAUCCUCACUCUAAACUGGAGGAUCUGUGGUUGAGUGAUUGUGGUGUCACAGAUGAAGGUUGUGCUGCUCUGGCUUCAGCUCUGAGAUCAAACCCCUCACACCUGAGAGAACUGAGUCUGACUGGGAAUAAUCUAGGAGACUCGGGAGUGAAGAUGUUUUCUGCUGUACUGGAGAAUCCUCACUUCAAACUGGAGACACUGUGGUUGAUGGAUUGUGGAGUCACAGAUGAAGGUUGUGCUGCUCUGGCUUCAGCUCUGAGAUCAAACCCCUCACACCUGAGAGGACUGAAUCUGUCUGGGAAUAAUCUAGGAGACUCAGGAGUGAAGCUGCUCUCUGAUCUGAAGAAUGAUCCACAUUAUAAACUGCAGAUACUAAGCACAUGACAGUCUGAUCUCCUCAUGAUCAUCUGAUGGUGAAUAAGGAUCCACUACAGAGACUCACAGUCAACAGAAUCAACAGACUGAAGAUACAGUGACUUCACUGUUAUAAAUUAAGAUUCAUUUAGAUUU